CAGGACCAAUGAAAGCGAAGUACCUCACCCACCCAGUGACUAAGAACUCCGAGUAUUUAAGAGGUUCAGGAAUGGGCUGAGAACUGCUUUUGCUUUCUCCCCAGACGGGCACACUCUCGCCUGACUCCGGGCCCUCACUGAGCUGCAGAGGGAAGAGGGAAAGCCUCCCAGACUCUCUGCCGCCAUGUGCUACGGCAAAUGUGCGCGAUGCAUCGGACAUUCUCUGGUGUGGCUGGCCAUCCUCUGCAUUGUGGCCAAUAUUUUGCUUUACUUUCCCAAUGGGGAAACGAAAUAUGCCUCUGAAAACCAUCUCAGCCGCUUCGUGUGGUUCUUCUCUGGCAUCGUAGGAGGGGGCUUGCUGAUAUUCUUCCCGGCAUUUGUGUUCAUCGGGCUGGAAGAGGAUGACUGCUGCGGCUGCGGUGGCCACGAAAACUGCGGCAAGAGAUGCGCGAUGCUUUCUUCUGUCCUGGCUGCUCUGCUCGGAAUUGCGGGAUCUGGCUACUGCGUCAUCGUGGCAGCCCUGGGCUUGGCAGAAGGACCACGAUGUCUUGAUACUUUUGGCCGCUGGAACUACACCUUUGCCAACACCGAUGGACAGUACCUUCUGGAUACCUCCACAUGGUCCCAGUGCAUUGAACCCAAACAUGUUGUAGAAUGGAAUGUCUCUCUGUUUUCUAUCCUCUUGGCCCUCGGUGGAAUUGAAUUCAUCUUGUGUCUCAUUCAAGUAAUAAAUGGAACGAUGGGAGGAAUAUGUGGCUAUUGCUGUUCGCGCCAACAGAGAUAUGACUGCUAAAAGAGCCGCCCCGAGACAGAACCACAACCUUCCUCUCUUUCAUUGUAAUUUAUAUAUUUGACUUGUAUUAAUUUGUAAAACUUUGUACCACUGUAUCAUACUCUACAUAUUCUACUUUUAUAAAUGUGUAUAAAGACUGGCAUCUUCCUGUGAUGUCAGUGUUCGAGCGUAACAAACAAACCUUUUUUUUAGGACUGAGAAAAUAAAUGAGGUCAUUUAUCGACUGAAUGACGGCUGGUCCUCAGCGUAGCCGAGAUAAACCCUGGCCUGAGUAAUGUUUUUGAGAAGCCUUAUAAGGAUAAAUAUUACAUUCCCAUUUCUAUUAUAUGUGCAUGGGUUUAUUACAUGGAAGAUGUGUAGUUGCUUUUUUUUUUUUAAGACCAUGAAGGAAAAAAAUCUAACAACUUGAAAAGAUGUGUUUUGUUCACUGUUUAUAUGGUGUUUCCCAUUCAUAUGCCUGCAAAUCUCUGACAAGAGGCCUUUAUGAACUAUUGCGAGUUUUGUGAGAGACAGAUACUUGCGCGGAGCAGGAGGGCUGGUUGAGAGUGCCCUGAGCUAAAGGAAGGAGUCAAUACAAGCAAUGCUUCCAGGAGUCCUCCCGGAUCCUAACUUUCUCUAACACGUGGAAAACUUUUUGUCCUUCAAAGACAAGCGCUAAGGAUCAUGCAUUGAUAAAGAAAAAGGCCUGGAUACUUGGGCAAGAAAAAAGAUGGGGAACGGAAUAAAGCAGUUUAUCACCAUCAUGGGAAAAUGGGGGAGGGGGAGGAAGGGCAGGAGGACCAUGAGGAAAUAAACCCAAAACUUGGUGGUUGAAAUCCAACAAAAUAAAGUAUCCACUACCAUGUU